AUGGCUCAAGUAAUCUUUACGUCCUUCACAAGAACAGUGGAUAAAAUCAAAACCGUCGACCGGAGUGUAAAGCUUACAAAUAAAACUACGAAGAAAAUAAUAUCUAACGAUCAUUCGAUUACAACGACAACCAACGGCGUCGUAACCAUAGAUCGUACUUUUGAAAAAUUUGACCUUGAUGGUAAUGUCGAUUUGCAUGAUCAUUUCUUCAAUAUUUCAAGCGGCGACACAGUAAUUACUGGUAGAAAUUUAACGAGGCUAACUAACUUUCGUACUAAAGAUGUCGAUUUUUUAGAAAGUGCUCGAAAGCGAGACGGUGAACUAACUAUUAGUCGCAGCUUCGUAUCAUUUCCCAUGGACAACACGCCGGUUAACACUUCAAAUGUUGCUAUAGCCAUCAAGGCUAAUAAUUUGACGGAAAUUUACCACAGAAACACCUUGAUGAUCAACGACGAGACAAUCUGGAAAAAAGUCGGCUCCAAUGCGACGGCUAUUAUUACGGAAAAGGGUAUUCAAUUGAUAGAUUUCCGCUUUAAGAAGUUUAACCAGGACAAUGAGGUGUCUGUCAGUAAACAAACGCAAGUGGAAUUACAAACCGAUAACUCUAUAAUUAUUGACACUUAUACCUCAAGCACGAAUUUCUUAACAUCUGGGUUCCGUCUUCCUGAGGUCGAAGAUCAUUUUAUUCUAACAAUAAAGGCAGAUGAUCAGAAAACUGUUGAUCAAUAUAUUACAACCAAACGUCAAUUGGGUGAUACAUAUGACAUAAUAUCGUUCGAGAUGUUUAAUGCAACCAUUGAGGCUGAUGAAACUGUUUCUAAAAUUCAAACUAAUCUACGGAUGGAUCCUUCGGAGCAUCGGCUCUAUUUGCAGGAGAUGAUUCGAAAGGCUAAGCUGAGAAUCACAACUGACCUUGAAGAAGUUAUUGCGACUUCAAUAUCAAUGACCAAUACUGUUACCACCAUGACGGAAAUGUAUCAAUCGAUUUUCAGGGAUAUAGGAACUUUUAACCAAAUUUUGUGCCAAUUCACGCUAAAGUUUUCCUUAAGAGCGGUUGAUAGUUGA